AUUGUGCGGAAAAUGUGUUGAAAUAAAAACAAAAAUCCGUUUUUGUUGUCAAUUAUCGUAUGUUUUGUGAAUCCAUUCAAUGAUUGCAUUGAAUCCACUCGAAGACAAUCAAUUGAGACGUGAUUUGAGUUAUCAUUUGCAUUGAUAUCUCAUUUUGUGGUCAUUUGUCGUCUUAAACGCGUUGUCACUGUUGACUGAAUACCGGCGCCCAAUGCCCGCCACCGCUGCCACCCAUUCCUCCGCCGAUGACAAGCGGUUAAGACAUCUGUUGAACUCCAAGUCUAUCGUCAAGAGUGACCACCAGUUUGUGGCCACAAAUGGCAGGCCUUUCCGCAAACAGAUUAAUGAUAUCAAUGGCACACAAUUCGCACCAUUCAAGACAAACGCCAAUUACUUUGAUCCCAACCUGCCUCGUGAGCGGCCACUUAUAGGUCCCAGCUGUUUCAAGUGCACCACCAAUCGUUCCUUUCAUUACGCCUCGUUUGUCAUGACUCGCAAAGUCGACGCAAACUUCCCGGACGUCUGCAGCAAAGUCAUCCGAUCCGAGAGAGUCCGCACCGCCAUCACAGAGGCUGCUGAGGAUGACUUCCACGAGCUCCAGGACGACGCCGCAGGUUUAGUAGACGAGAGAGAGCUGAAGACUUUGGAGCGAAAGCACAGAUCGCGUGCAAUAGAUAUACUGCAGAGAAUGAAAUCCUGUAUCUCCUCAUCAUUGCUACGGAUCGCCGGUUGGGUUCUCUAUAAACUUCUCUCCAAAAUACUGACUACUAUUCAGUUUCAUAAAGGCCAAAUCGAUACACUGCGCCGUUCCUUUCAUUACGCCUCGUUUGUCAUGACUCGCAAAGUCGACGCAAACUUCCCGGACGUCUGCAGCAAAGUCAUCCGAUCCGAGAGAGUCCGCACCGCCAUCACAGAGGCUGCUGAGGAUGACUUUCACGAGCUCCAGGACGACGCCGCAGGUUUAGUAGAUGAGAGAGAGCUGAAGACUUUGGAGCGAAAGCACAGAUCGCGUGCAAUAGAUAUACUGCAGAGAAUGAAAUCCUGUAUCUCCUCAUCACUGCUACGGAUCGCCGGUUGGGUUCUCUAUAAACUUCUCUCCAAAAUACUGACUACUAUUCAGUUUCAUAAAGGCCAAAUCGAUACACUGCGCCGGUGUCGCACUGCAGCCAAUGUUCCCAUUAUUUAUCUACCGCUCCAUCGCUCACAUCUCGACUAUAUAUUAGUCUCAUUCAUACUAUACAUGAACAACAUUAAGCCCCCGCUGGUGGCCGCCGGCGAUAAUCUACUCAUUCCCUUCUUCGGUAAUUUGAUGCGAGGUUUGGGCGCCUUCUUCAUUAAGAGACGGCUCGACGACUCGAGUGGCAAAAGGGAUCACAUUUAUAGAGCUGUCCUCCAGUCAUAUAUGACGGAAAACCUAAAACAGGGAAAUUCCUUGGAGUUCUUCAUCGAAGGCGGACGCUCUCGGAGUGGGAAAGCCUUGAGUCCGAAGUUGGGUCUCCUUUCUGUUGUCGUCGACUCUAUUCUCGAAGGCGAAGUGGAGGACGCGUUCAUAGUUCCGGUCGCCAUAUCCUAUGAGAAGCUAAUGGACGGGUCGUUCGUUGGCGAACAGUUAGGCAAACCCAAAGUGGCCGAAAGCUUUAGUUUAGCCGCCCGUUCCAUAUGGUCGACACUGCACUCGAACUUCGGAUCAGUUAGAGUCGACUUUUGUCAGCCAUUCUCACUCAAAGACUACUUGCAUAACGCGGCCUAUAAUAUACAUAACAGUCAUCUGAUAAUUGAGAACCGAAUCCAUGACAAGUCGUGCGACAAAUCCAAAUGUGUGGCCUGUAGUGGUCAUCCCAAUGGUUUGCCUUCCGCCUCAUCCUUUCAGUCUCUUUACGGACUCGAUAUCGUUGUGUCUGAAGAUAAACGCCAGACAAUUGAGAAGUUGGCCGAACAUGUGGUCUACGAUGCGUUCAACGCCACACCAUUGAUGUCCACCCAAUUGCCUCAAUUGGACGAACAUGUGGUCUACGAUGCGUUCAACGCCACGCCAUUGAUGUCCACCCAAUUGGUGUCGUUCCUACUGUUGACUAAACACCGAAAGGGCACAACUCUUCACCAAUUGGCCCAAAGCCUCAAUUGGCUGCGCGAAGAGUGCAGUCGCAGGAACCGCGAGCUCUCCAUAAGCGGCGACUCUCUGGACGUGAUUCGCACGGCUUGUGGUUUUCUGGGCAAAGAUCUGGUGGCCAUCGAGAAGAUCUCAAUGGCGUGGAGCUCAUCCGAUGGUUUGGGUGCCAUCACUGAGAAUAAUAACGUGAAGAUUGUAUUCCUGAAACCGGCGGUGAAGUUACCGCUCGUUCUCGAACUCCAGUAUUACUCAAACUCUUGUAUUUCCAUCUUUUUAUUGGAUUCAGUCGUCGUGAACGCGUUGUUCGCCUUAAUUGACACCCAAUUGGAAUCCCUGACCGCUUCUGGCGAUAAUCUGGAGAGCAAUAUAACCAUUGAUUACAACGAAUUGAUCGAUAAAUCUGUUGAACUCUGCGAAAUACUACACAAUGACUUCAUAUUCGCACCGAGCAAUAUAACCAUUGAUUACAACGAAUUGAUCGAUAAAUCUGUUGAACUCUGCGAAAUACUACACAAUGACUUCAUAUUCGCACCGCCAUGCGCCGACAUCCGGGACUUAAUUAUCGACAAAAUAGAAAACUAUAUAAUGUAUGGCUUGUUCUGCGAGGCCUACAGGAGCACCGGCACUGAUCAUCUGCGACGACGCUAUCGUCAGUACGACUUCGAUGACGAGGACGACGGAUACGUCGGUCAGAGAGACGGCUUUAACGGCAAACGAGAGCUUCGGCUGGUGUUGAGCGACGAGAACAAGCAAUCGAUUAGUUUCUAUCGUUCAGUAUUGGCCGCGUAUGUCGAGUCCUAUUGGGUGGCCGCCUCUGCCCUCACAAAACUCAUUGACGUCCAGUCCAGCGAUGAGAAGACAUUCUUCAACGGUAUGAUUGAUAUCGCAAAAGACAAACAACAAAAAGGUCUUCUCUUUCAUGAGGAAUGUAUAGCCGCCGAGCCCUUCAAGAAUGCGGUCAAACUGUUUGAGAGUUGGAAUGUAUUGAGUGUAGAGACAAACGGGUCGGGCGUCCGACACAUCCGACUCACCCCUGAAUUCAGUACAAUCGGAGCCCUCAAUGAAGUGAUCGCAAGGAUCGAAGAAUUCAAGAAUUAGUUUAUAGUUUCAAAUAAUACUUAUUUUUGGGACAAACCCGUGAUUCCAUGCAAACAAAUGAUAUGUAAUAUAAACUGGAAUAUUAUUUUUUAUUAUCGUAUCGUUUGGUAUAUAAUAUCGCGAAUUAUUGUCAACUGUUGUUUGGAAAUUGUUUUUAAAUGAGUUUUAUAUUUAAGAGGAAAGUGUGCUUUAUGUUUGCCACACGUUUUACGAUAUGAAGAAUGAGAUAAAUAGUGUUAUUUUAAGUCAGACCUCGAGAUUUCUAGUGAUUUAUGUGUCUGUCGAGAGAUGUUAUGAAAUAUGUGUUCAAUAUAUUAGAGAGAUUUAUAGAUUACUUAUAUAUUGAUAGCCGGGAUAUGACAGAGAAAUGCAUUU